GAGAAAAGAGCCAGUGUCGCAAUGCAGCAAGUCUUGGAAAACCUUACUGACCUGCCCUCAUCUACAGGAGCAGAAGAAAUAGACUUAAUUUUCCUCAAGGGGAUUAUGGAGAAUCCUAUUGUAAAAUCACUUGCUAAGGCUCAUGAGAGACUUGAAGAUUCAAAAUUAGAAGCUGUCAGUGACAAUAACUUGGAAUUAGUGAAUGAAAUUCUUGAAGAUAUCACUCCUCUAAUAAACGUGGAUGAAAAUGUGGCAGAACUGGUUGGUAUACUCAAAGAGCCCCACUUCCAGUCGCUCCUGGAGGCACAUGAUAUUGUAGCAUCAAAGUGUUAUGAUUCACCUCCAUCAAGCCCUGAAAUGAAUAAUUCUUCUCUCAAUAAUCAGUUGUUACCUGUAGAUGCCAUUCGUAUUCUUGGUAUUCACAAAAGAGCGGGGGAGCCAUUGGGUGUAACAUUUAGGGUUGAAAAUAAUGAUCUAGUAAUUGCCCGAAUCCUUCAUGGAGGAAUGAUAGAUCGACAAGGUCUGCUUCAUGUGGGAGAUAUCAUUAAAGAAGUCAAUGGCCAUGAGGUUGGAAAUAAUCCAAAGGAAUUACAAGAAUUAUUGAAAAAUAUCAGUGGAAGUGUCACCCUAAAAAUUUUACCAAGUUAUAGAGAUACUAUUACUCCUCAACAGGUAUUUGUCAAGUGUCAUUUUGAUUAUAAUCCAUUCAGUGAUAACCUGAUACCCUGCAAAGAAGCAGGACUGAAGUUUUCCAAAGGAGAAAUUCUUCAGAUUGUAAACAGAGAAGACCCAAAUUGGUGGCAGGCCAGCCAUGUAAAAGAGGGAGGAAGCGCUGGUCUCAUUCCAAGCCAGUUCCUGGAAGAGAAGAGAAAGGCAUUUGUUCGAAGAGACUGGGACAAUUCAGGACCUUUUUGUGGAACUAUAAGUAGCAAAAAAAAGAAAAAGAUGAUGUAUCUCACAACCAGAAACGCAGAAUUUGAUCGUCAUGAAAUCCAGAUAUAUGAGGAGGUAGCAAAAAUGCCACCCUUCCAGAGAAAAACACUAGUGUUGAUAGGAGCGCAAGGUGUGGGCAGAAGAAGCUUGAAGAACAGGUUCAUAGUUCUCAAUCCCACAAGAUUUGGAACAACAGUACCAUUUACUUCACGGAAACCAAGAGAUGAUGAAAAAGAUGGCCAGGCAUAUAAAUUUGUGUCACGGUCAGAGAUGGAAGCAGACAUCAAAGCUGGAAAGUAUUUGGAACAUGGGGAAUACGAAGGAAACCUCUAUGGAACUAAGAUUGACUCUAUUCUUGAAGUUGUCCAGACUGGACGCACUUGCAUUUUAGACGUCAAUCCACAAGCACUGAAAGUACUGAGGACGUCUGAGUUCAUGCCUUACGUGGUGUUCAUUGCUGCUCCAGAGCUAGAGACGCUACGUGCCAUGCACAAGGCCGUGGUAGAUGCCGGAAUCACGACCAAACUUUUGACGGACUCUGACUUGAAGAAAACGGUGGACGAAAGUGCGCGGAUUCAGAGAGCAUACAACCACUACUUUGAUUUGAUCAUCGUAAAUGACAAUCUAGACAAAGCUUUUGAGAAACUACAAACUGCCAUAGAAAAACUGAGAAUGGAGCCUCAGUGGGUCCCAAUUAGCUGGGUAUACUGAUGCUUCAAUAAGGUUAACAGUUAAAUAAAACCUUUGAAAAGUGACUCAGCAAGUAAACCUUCUACUGGGAAAACACAUGCAGUGCUAGAAGGCAUCUGCCACGUCUAGGCAUUUUUAUUGUGUAGAUUGAAAUAACAGUGCACUAGGCUGAAUUUUUAUAUAAUCUGUGGUUGGGAAGGUGUACUAAUAUAUAAUUUAUCUUAAUUUUUCUAACUUUUUAUGGAUAAUCUUUCUAUUCAUAUCACAUGAAAAAAUGCGUUGAAGCAUUUUGUAUGUUUUGGUUUAGUGCCCUUGCCUUUUUCAUCAAAGGAAUUUUCAGAUCAUUCUCUCUAACAUUGGUCUCACAUUUUCACUGUGAUAAUGAAUACUUGAAAUAGUUUUAUAAAGCUAUCAUUCACUUGAUUAUUUAAUGAAAGGUCAGUUACUUUUAGAAGAAAUCAGUGGUUAUUGACCUUCUUAAUCCAGUUUCUACAGAAGCAGUUUUAAUGUCAGUGCUACAACUGGUCUACUAUCUUAAUCUGACAUCAAGUCUUUCUUAUGCCACACAUUGUAACAGCAUGGCUGUCCAUUCUGAUUUGUACAGAUACAAUAAUUUCCCCUCUCAUUUCUAGUGAAAAAAAUGAAGAGCAAUACCUUGCACUCUCUAUGAGGUUAUUCUUUUCAUUUAUUGCAGUGACAUGCUGAUGCUAAUAUUACAUAUUAGUUAUUACAGAAACUCUGGCUGGAAGCAGGUCAUGCAGACUGAGAGAGUGCCUUCUCCUAUAAAACUUUACUUAAUGAGACUUAAAGUUUACUUAUUUUCACAUAUAAAAUUUUGAACCUACUGCGUUAGGUGUUUUUUUUUUUUUUUUUUUUUAGGGGAUUAUGGUCAGCAAAACGGUCAUGGCUCUGCAGAUUUUUGUGGUGUUUAAAGAUGCCUCUAGGCUAUAAGGUUUUUGUUAAUGGUCAGAUGUGCUUUCUGAAAUGUGAUUUUUUGAUUGGUAGGAUAUUUGUUCUGUUUGUUGUGUUGAAAACCAAAACCAUUGAACAGUUUACAAAAUUGGGAAAUAAUUGUCAGCUAUUUAUAUAUAUAGAUAUAUAUAUACACACAUAACAUAUACAUUAUAUAAUACUUAUGUAAUAUAUUAAAUAAUAUUUUAUAUGUUUUAGAUUUGUUAGGAAAAUAGACUUUUUGUUUAAUGAUUAGGAAAAACAUUCUUUAGAUGCAUUGCCACAAUGUAUAAAUUUCCACACGCACCUUAGUAUCUUUCCGAAGGAUUCUUCUAUGGUGUGAAUUCUUCUUUCAUCAUAUUCAGAGAUGUAGCUCAUCACUGAGCUACAUAAUUUAAAUACUGAUGAAUGUCUUUGGUGACAGGCACCAGGCACCUGGCUUCUGAUUUUGUCUUUCCCCUCACCAAAGCUAUCAUAGGGAAUGCUGCCAGCGGAGAGGUCUUUUGGGGAAGAGUAAUAGAUAUAAUAAGCAGCGUUCACACAUUGCUUUAAAUGGUUUUUGUAAUAAAACUCUUAAGUUGCUAUAUUGGUUGAUACUGGGAAUCUAUAGGCUUUUUAAACUUUAAUUCUAGAAUAUCAUAGCCAAAACAUGAAUUGUUUUUCUUUGUCAUAAAACAGGAAAUUGUUAACAAAUGGAUUGUACUCUUAAUAACGUUAGAAAAUGUUAAACCACAUAUAUUUGCUGAAAUUCUUGAAUUCUCAAAACAACAUAAGUCAAAACACAUAUUUAGGUGAUACCCUGUGAUUAAUGUUUCAACACACUGUAAUGUAAGUUUUGAGAGAAAUUUCAGUUCUACACUCAGGAAAUGUGCUGCAUUCCCCAGUGUACCUUGAUGUUGCUUCAUGGAGCCCUUCUAAGUAGCUUUGGGAAAAUUGUAGCAGCACAGGAGUCUAUCCACAGAAUAUUUCUGCCAUCUUGAUGCAACACAGAUGAUAAUCACAUAUAUUUAUAGCAUUUUCAUUCGAUUAAAAAAAUGUCUGGAAUAUCAUCUCUACUUAACAUUGUUUCUAUUACAAAUGGUAUUCGUGAUUGACCACAUAAUCACAUUAGAUUCUUUAUAAUGAAAUGAUGCAAUUUAGUUCAUUGUCAUAUAAGUAACAAGGUUAAGAAAAUAAAGUUGUUUCUUAGUUUAAAAAAAAAAAAAAAGCACUGAACUUGACACCCAUGUCCCCACUUGAGUCUUCAGGAAUCAGCAGGCCUCACCACAGGAUACUUCCUAGGUAAAGUGAUUAAGGAAUUGUGUACUUCACUUAUGGGAAGGGUCUAACUAACAAACUUACUUAUAAUUGCUUCACUGAAGACAAGAGAGUUUACAGUUGUGUUGAAUGAUUGGUACUAACAGGUAAAAUGUACACACAUGCAUGUGCUUUGGAGAAGUGAUAGACCGAUUCCGAAAUGCACUGCAGAGGUCCUUGUAGAUAGACGAGUGUCCAUAUUUGGCACUUGGGGCAUGGUUAUUUCCUUACAACAGUUAUGUGUAUUCUUCACUUUCAGUUAUACAAAUACUCAUGGAAGUGAUGUCUCUGAAUAAAUCAUGUGACCUUUGCUAGUAAAUGUAUUGAAUGUCCUACAUUCAAUACAUUCAAUAGCAGGUUCACCUUCAUUACAGCCAUGCUUUUAUUAUGCACUCUCCAUUUCUGUUAUUUAGAUAAUAUCACAUGUCAAAUACUGCAGGGUUUUGUUUUGUUUUGUUUGUUUUUGUUGGGGUUCACGUGGGCUGACAAUACAAUUGCUGACCAUAACUUUUUAAAUCCUAAAUUAUCAUAAACCCAAUAUGACUACAGCAAUAGUAGCCUAAACCCUAAAUGCUAGAAUCUAGUACAUUUUUGUAAUAACCUGUAAGGAGAAGUUUCCUUUAAAAUGGAAAAUUGGUUAUUAAGACACACUUUUAGAAAAUGACUCAAGGCUAGUAUGGUAGUCAGCACCUUUAAUCCCAGCAUUCAGGAGGCAGAGGCAGGCAGAGUUCUGUGAGUUUGAGGCCUACCUGGUCUACAUAGCAAAUUCAAAGUCAGCCUGAGUGACAUGGCAAAACCCUGUCUCAGAAAAAAAAAGAGCCAGACCUAUAACUCUGGUAUACCACCAGAGUGUGUCCCUAACGUGUGAGGGCCGGGGGGGGGGAGAUAUCCUUACUUUAAUUCAUUAAAAUGGUACUUAUUUUUAUUAUAACAAGUGUCAUAAUCCAGUGAUUGGAGUUGAUUUUCAAGAUGGGUAGAAUUAGGUAUAAAUGGGCCAAUUCUAAAUGUAAGAAGUAUGAAAAUUGGUAAAACCAAUAAUAGACUUAUUAUUUUUAUAGCUUCUGAAACAGUCCUCCAUUACUCAACAUUACACACCAGAGGGCUCAUAAUUUCAUAGGAAUUGGAAAUAUGGAAAAGACAAUCUUGAAGUUUUAUGUACAUAGUUUGUUUUUUAAACAUUUGAGUUGCCACAUAUAUGUAUAUAUAUAUAUAUACACGCACAUACAGUUAUGUGUAUAAUAUGUAACAGUCUCCCAAAAUUUGUAAAUAAAGCUAUAGUUACCUAUGUUAUAGCUAGUGUUCUAAAGUUUUUCAUUUCUCAUAAUUCCUAGACAUUCUGAAACUAUUUUAGAUGCUUUUAAAAGGCCUCUGUUCAGCCUUAAAGCUGAUUCUAACUUCCUUUCUGAAAAAUGUAUUAUGGGAAAUUAAGCUUGGAAAAAUAUUUUUCACUAUUAGAACUUAAUUUCCUUAAGAAAACAGAUUUCUGGAUGGAAGCCUCUUGGAAAAUAUUUAUGUAACCCUUCAAAUGAAGUUGUGCUGAUUUAGGCUUAAAGGUUACAGUGCCUGCCUUCCUCCUACUCCAAGGAAUUUGCUGUGAGAAUUCUUAUACUAACAUAUCUAAUAUAUUUGAAGAUCUUGGAAGAAAUUUAAUAUUUUAAAUAAUUUGAUUAUUGUAUAUAACCAAAUACUGUAAUUCACAAAUUUUUAAGAAUACAUUUGAUGAAUAAUUCAGCAUCACAUCAGUCUUCUUGUAAGUACGUGUGAUAUAUGUAAAGAUGAUGACUAUAGUUUUUUAAGGUAAGGUUAUUUUAAAUUGCAUUUUUGUUUUAGCUUUCAAAGUUAUAUUCUUUUAAAAAUAUUUCUCAUAUUCCAUCAUGUUACUUUGUGUUCCUGGAAUGACUUUUGAAAAAUACACAGAAUCAAACAUGAGUCCUUAAAGGAGUAAAAAGUUUGAGAAUGA